CUUGCCCAAGGUCACACGGCACAUGAAUUCAGAGCUGGGACCCAGUUCUGACUCUUUCCACCAUGCCAGAAUAAACCAAUCAAGCGUUACCUUAUUUCCAGUUGAGGAGAGCACCAGCCCUUUUGUUAGCAGAUCUGAAGCAGGCUCACAGCAAAAAUGGCAGAAUGAAUCUUGGAUGAGUUUCCUAAUUUGCUGGAAGAUUCCAGCUAAAUAUGUAUUCCCUGUUCUCGAGCAAAAAAAGAGACUGUGAGAACUAGGUUCGUGUCCGCCCAUCGGUCCUUCCACUUUGUGGGCCUUCGCUCCUCGGGGUCAAAUGAGAGGUCUGGACUACACAACGGCUAAAUCUAUUUAAACCCUGACGACCCAGAAUUUGAGGACUCUAUCGAAUUCACCGUCAAUAUUGAGGAGGGGACCACUAACAAAAACAGUAAUAAUGGGGCCGUAGAACUUUGCCUCAGCUUGCAAUCCGGGUAUUAUUUUCUCUGUUUUUACGGAUGAUUCCGAGAAGUUAAACAAUUUCCUGGCAUCAUUAUGAGCAGCAGAGCUAAGCUUGGGGCCCGGAUCUGUCUGAGUCGAGAGAACAGGUUUGUAUUUCCAGUGCGUUUGCAUGCAGGCAGAGGUAGGCCACGGGCUCUAGAUGAUCCUUUUCCAGAGCGAGAAGACUGCACCUGCUCGUGAGCGGGCCGGGCAGCAGGUGCGCUCAGGCGGCCCCGCGGCUGCUUUAUCGCCCAGGAGCGCCAGAAGCAGCCGCUGCGCAUGCUCUCGGCCCUCGUCUGCGCGUGCGGAAGACUGUUUCCGGUGAACCCCUGUGUUUCUCGGCCCCAAGGCUAUUUUUCUGGUGGCAUGAGGAUGUUUGCUGUGCAGACAAGCCAAAGUGUUGGAAAGACAACGUUGUGGAAGCAGCAGGCAGCCAGAUGACAAACGGUUGGACAGGAAUGGCAGCUCCCUUGCCAUCCUGGUGAGGGGAACUUGCCAGAAUGUUCCCCGCUGCCCACGGUGGUGGCUGAGCACACGACCAGCCUUUAUUGUCUCUCUCCCCUACUGCUAGCUCUCCUGGGACCACCUCCCAGACAGCCCGCUUGGGUUCACACCCUUGCUACAGGAAACCCCACACUCUGACCCCAGGAAAGGCGCCGUGAGGAGGGAACUCAAGAGCGUCAGACCCGUUGUUUCAUACGGAAUUGAAAACAGUGCAUCACUCAUUCUAGUUCGUGUGCGUGUUUGACUUCUUAGCCACAGACCAGGGUGCUUCUGGAUUCCUGCAGGUCAUUUGGAGCUGGUGAGCCCAGGAGGCCUGCGUUGUCCAUCGGAACGCACAAGGACAGGGGAACAGCUCUUGAACUUUUCUCCAGACCACAAAGGGCCGGGCUCCUGGGAGCUGCACGGAGAGCCCGGUCUGUGAUGACGUGUGGUCCCAGGGCCGCGGGCUCUGCGGGGGGCCACAAAGGAGAGGGGGCGUGUUCCAGGGACGUGCGCCGACCGCGCAGCGUCGGUUCCGCAAGGCGGCUGAGCGUUGCUGCGCACAGAUGGCCCCUCUCACUCUCUCCUUCGCGGGCUCCGAAGCCAGAGCGCCGCUCUUCGCCCACAGCCUUCGUCUCCUUUGGGCUGCGUCCAGACCCAUCAGCGCAUGCUCCGGGCCCAGCGGAAACCUUGCGGCCUCUGACUUGCGAGGGGAUUCUUUCUGCUGCUCCGCAACCUACCACCAAGUAUGCCUGGGAAUUGCGUACUCGAGGAACGGAGCAGCGCAGAGAAAGACAAAUGCCCAGCACUCUUGCUCGAUUUGCACGGCCCGCAGGCAGGCAUCAGGACCUGCGCGUGUGCACACGUGCGAGCAAAGAGCCACGAGACGAGCAUGAGCAAGCUCUUCUUUCCAUGUCUGGACUCAGAUGGACCUUGCAAGCACCCCAGCGGUGAUGUCUGCCCUGACAAGACCUGCCGCAGGCCCAGACCCACGCAGACCUUUUGAGCUAAACCCCCUCACUUGCUCCUGUGCAGAUGGACCUGGGAAUGACUUCUGGAAUGACCUCCAGCUACCUUUACCUCAUUAUAAUACUAAAAACUCCACUGUGGGAGGAGCCUCAGCCUCAUUUACAUAACAUACAAGGUAAUGAAGCCUCCAUCAAAACCCAAAAGGAUGGGGGUCACCCAGUAGUGAAUGCGUGGAGGUGCCUGGCGAGGACUUGGAAGCUCCACACCCUAGCCCCCUGCGUUUCUCCCGUCGGGCCCAUUCCUGAGUUAUGAAAGGUAUCACCGAAACCUGCCACAAAACAGCGGUCUGAAACAGAUGGCGCGGCGUGGUGACUCUGACCAGAGUGAAGUGCACUGAGUCUGGGGGAAGUUUCUCUGGUGCGCAGAGAGCACGGAGGAGGAUGCGCGGGUCGUGCUGGAGGCGGGUCCCAGCCAGAUGUGCACCGCCCGCCCCGCCCUCCCCUCGCGCGCGGGGCCCCACUGCACCCGGAGACGAGCCACCGCGCGCCUCACCAGGAUACCCCCGCCGCCCGCUGGGAUCGCGCCCGGCAGGAGCGGAGGCCCGGAGCCACCGAGGAGAGCGGAGGCGGCCGGCCCGGAGCGCCCCGGGGUCCGCGCCCUCCCGAGAGGGGGCUCAGGAGGAGCAGCGGGAGGCGGCGGAGGGAGGCCCUGCGAGAAGAUGCCGCCGCGCUGGGCCCUGGCGCUCCCGCUGCUGUUCCCCUGGGUGGCAGGUGGAUUAGGGAACGCGGCCAGUCCAAAGGAUCAUGGGCUGUCCACAUCCACGCUGCAGCCGGGGGUCUGUCGCUAUGGGACUAAGCUGGCCUGCUGCUAUGGCUGGAGAAGGAACAGCAAGGGAGUCUGUGAAGCGACGUGUGAACCUGGAUGCAAGUUCGGUGAGUGUGUGGGACCAAACAAGUGUAGAUGCCUUCCAGGAUACACCGGGAAAACCUGCAGUCAAGAUGUGAACGAGUGUGGAGGAAGACCCCGGCCGUGCCAACACCGCUGUGUGAAUACGCACGGGAGCUACAAGUGCUUUUGCCUCAGCGGCCGCACGCUCAUGCCGGAUGCCACGUGUGCGAACUCCAGGACGUGUGCCAUGAUGAGCUGCCAGUAUGCCUGCGAAGACACGGAGGAAGGGCCGCGCUGUCUGUGUCCGUCCUCGGGCCUCCGCCUGGCCCCCAGUGGAAGAGUUUGUAUAGACAUCGACGAAUGUGCCUCCGGUACGGCCGUCUGCCCUUACAAGCGAAGAUGUGUGAACACGUUCGGGAGCUACUACUGCAAGUGCCACGUUGGCUUCGAACUGCAAUACGUCGGGGGCCGAUAUGACUGUGUAGAUAUAAACGAGUGUGCCGUGAAUACCCAUACGUGCAGCCUCUACGCCAAUUGCCUCAAUACCCAAGGAUCAUUCAAGUGUAAAUGCAAGCAGGGAUAUAAAGGCAAUGGACUUCAGUGUUCUGUUAUCCCUGAAAAUUCUGUGAAGGAAGUCCUCAGAGCACCUAGUACCAUCAGAGACAGAAUCAAGAAGUUGCUGGCUCACAAAAACAGCAUGAAAAAGAAGGUAAAAAUUAAAAAUGUCAUCACAGAACCUUCUGGAACUCCAGCCCCUAAGGUUAACUUGCAGCCCCUCAACUCUGAAGAGACUGUUUCCAGAGCUAGGAACUCUAAUGGAGGAAAUAAACAGAAUGAAGAGAGAAAGAAAGAGGGGCUUGAGGAAGAGAAAAAAAGUCAGAAAGCCCUGAAGAACCACAUGGAGUGGGAGCAAAGCCUUCGAGGAGAUGUUUUCUCCCCUAAGGUGAAUGAAGUGGGUGAACCGGAUCUGGUUCUGGUCCACGGAAAACCUGUAACAUCCAGACUCGAACACAAAGCAGAUUUAAAUAUCUCCGCUGACUGCAGCUUUGACCGUGGCGUCUGUGACUGGAAACAGGAUGUACAGGAUGACUUUGACUGGAAUCCUGCUGAGCGAGCUAACGCUGUUGGCCAUUAUAUGGCAGUUACGGCCCUGGCAGGCCGUAAGAAGGACAUCGGCCGAUUGAAACUCUUCCUCCCCGACCUGCAACCCCAAAGCAACUUCUGUUUGCUCUUUGAUUACCGGCUGGCCGGUGACAAAGUAGGGAAGCUUCGAGUGUUUGUGAAAAACAGUAACAAUGCCCUGGCCUGGGAGGAGACCAGAAGUGAGGAUGAAAGGUGGAAGACUGGGAAAAUUCAGUUGUAUCAAGGGAUCGGCGCCACCAAAAAUAUCAUUUUUGAAGCAGAACGCGGCAAGGGCAAACGCGGAGAAAUUGCAGUGGACGGCGUUUUGCUGCUUUCGGGCUUAUGUCCAGAUGGCCUUUUAUCUGCGAAUGGCUGAAUGUUACUAUAGUCUUUUGUGUCUUUAUAUUUGGCUUUUUAUGUCAGUUCUCUGUUUUCUGAUAUUCCAUCAUAGAUCGCCCCACUUUAGAAAUAGAAACUGAAAAAUCAUAACAUACCAACAGAAACAUUAUUGUAAGAUGCCUUUCUUGUAUAAGAUGUGCCAAUAUGUGCUUUCAGUAUAGUACCACUCAUUCAUUUCUGAAUUUAUAAAAUGUGGAAAUGUGGAAAAGCUCAGCUUCCCCCACCCCCACCUCCCAGUGUUUCUGAUUUGUCUCCCUGAGUUGAUGGACCUCUAUAUAACAUUUUUAGAAUUAUAGAAAAACUAACAACAAUAACAACAACAGAAACCCCACAGGGAAUCAUUUCUCUGUUCGACUUUUCUGGCACUUCUUGGAAACUGACAUCACAGGUAGACUUUUAUCUAAGUGGCUUAGCCUGAUCUUUUACAGCCAAGCUUGUAUGUUUAAAUUCUUUGUAAUAAUAUUCAAAUAAUCACCUUGUGUCAUGGUUUAAGUUUUUCUAAGAAAAUGUGUCGUUAAUGCUCUGUUUCAUUGUGUGUAUAAUUAUUUGCUUUACUGGAAAAUGUGGUUUUCUUCUUUUUCUUUGGAAAUACUCUAUAUUUGUAAAAAUUCGUAAAAUUACUUCCUUUUAUGGGAGCACUUGAUUGCUUCGUUAGGCCUCAUAAGUGCAAUGCAAAUUAGCUUAAGUCGUUGAAUUUAAGGCCUCAGAGAAAUACCUAAAACUAAAUCAUGCUAGUAUCAGGAUUCAGAAGAAAGACCAAUGCCUUCUUUUCUCUGUUUCUCUUUUCUUCCAAAUUCAACAACAGUUUUUGUGUGGUAAUGAAUCUUGAGUAUAUUCGAUGAACGUAUAUUCUGUUUUAAGAUUCUGGGUCAUAAACAGAAGGUUCCCCAGAUAUUUGCCUGUUAUCCCCUAAAGCAAUGAAGGCCUUGAGCUGUAGGAGGAAGGAAGAGAGAAGGUGGUACACUUACUAAUCUUUAAUAUUUGUAGCCUCACUCUUAAAAGUUUUUUUUACAUUGAAACUCUUAGUAAUCCUUUUUUUAAAUAGUAACCUUUUCUCAACAAGUUCUCUUUAAUACAACCAACGCAUACAACCUUUAAGAUGGUAGGGGAAAAACAUUGUUUUCCUUUAGUGUGAAGUAAUUUUUGCAUACAAAGUCUUGUAUUCAGUGGCUUUAGUUGUAUCUGUUAGGAUAACGGCUAGUUAUAGAAACCCCAAAAAUAGUUUCUAGUGAGACCAGACGAAGAGGUGCCUAGCUAAGUCAAAUCAGCCUACAGAAUUUUGAGAGAUAAUAAAAUGGUCAUUUUAAGACACUAAGGUUUGGAGUGGUUUGUUACGCAGCAAGAGCUAACUGAUACAGGUGGUUCCUAAUACUGUGAUAGAACUUGAAGAAGAAUGCUCUGUUUCUUCGGUGACCAAGGAAAUGCAAGAGCACAGUUAGGCUUUGAAUAAAGGAAGAUAGAAGGGAGAACUUGCAAUGAAGGACCAGUGUCCCGGUGAUCCAGGUUAAAGGAAGAGAUGUUGAACCAGAAAUGAAAUAAAGAAGCCUAGGAAUCAUGUUGUAUAUGGGUAGAAAAAUCAUUGCACAAGGCUGAGUCAAGUUGAAUUGAAUAAUAGUAUUUCAUGUUUCUCUAAUAUCAGUAGCAGAGAUUUCUGUUUGCCUACCCAAUGUCCAUUCUUGAA